UUGCAUUCAGGUCGCAGAAUAGAGGAACUGUUCAAAAAAGGCGCUCUUGAAUGGCAGAAAGAUACUUGCAUUAACUUUUAUGAAAGUCCUAACGGUGAGGGCACAUCGAAAUAUACAUUAAAACUGGUUGAAAAACAUGUUUUUAAUCUUUGCAUGCAGGUUGGCAUAGCCGCGCACGAAAUUGGCCAUGCUAUCGGGAUGUUCCACACGCAAUCGAGACAUGAUCGUGACCAGUACAUUAUGCUUGACAUAAACAGCAUCAAGCCUGAUGGACUCGACCAAUUCGAUAAAGAGCCUCCAAAUAGAAAUGAGAAUUAUGGUAUUCCUUACGAUUAUGGCAGUAUUAUGCAUUACGGAUCUAGGAGUUUCUCAUAUAAUAAACAACGUACAAUGAUUCCAUAUGAUGACAGAUAUGUUGACACACUUGGCUCACCAUUCAUCUCCUUCUACGAACUACUUAUGAUGAACAUACACUACAAUUGCCUCGACAAGUGCAAAUCCAACCCCUCCGCGGCAAAAUGCUACAUGGGUGGCUUCCCACAUCCUCGCGAUUGCUCAAAAUGUAUCUGCCCAGGCGGGUAUGGCGGCAAAUUAUGCAACGAAAGGCCACAAGGAUGCGGUAAGAUUCUACAAGCCACUUCUACAUUCCAACCACUUGAAGACUCUGUGGGAUAUGAUCAUAUACAAAACACUAGAGACGCUAAAGACGAAUUCCUCAAAUGCAAUUACUGGAUACAGGCACCGCAAGGAAGAAGGAUUGAAGUGAAAUUUGUUAGCACGGAUGGAGUCGCUACUGAUGGAUGCUAUUAUGAUGGAGUUGAGAUAAAAGCACAAAAAGACCAGCGUUUAACUGGAUACAGGUAUCUACGCUAA